UCGUCAUCGUCACCAACGACGACCGAUGAAUGACGCUGUUUUUUAGUUCAAUCGACAAUUAUUAUGAGUAAAACCUUCAACGCGUUACCGGCAAUACGCGUUAACAACAAAAUCAAAAUCGUUCGUUUGUUUAAAAAAAGAAAUAAUACACACACUAAAUUUUACAAAGAAAAAUCAACUGCAAAAAACGGUUGUUGCUAUACUUACGCGUUAAUAAGUUGUUUAUUAAAUUGGUGUUGUAUGUAGAACGUGAAUGCGUACGCCAUUAAUUGAAAAUCCGCUAAUUGUGACAAAACUUGUAUAGAAAGCGUCAACUGUCAAAAUAUUACUUUAGUUCAGUUAACAACUCUCCCCACACACACACAACUCUCAUACGUUAAAAAAAACCCACACUUUAAUAGUGAAAUAAAGUGGAGAGUUUAAUUUAACAACAAAACGUGCGUGUCUUUUGGUGUAUUUGUGUAAAGAGCGCGUGAGUGAGUGCGUGCGUGUGUAAUUUUAAAGUUUAUUUAAAAUUUCUCGACAUUAUACGCAAAUAAUUAACGAUCAUUGUGACCACUGCAAUACGACCACCACCAUUAUCAUCACUGUCAGUUGUUUGGAAUUUAAUGAUCAUCUGCAGCACAUACACAUACAUAUACUUACACUCAAAGAUAAAUAAUGGCGUUAACAGCUUGUCAAUUGAAGCAAAACGGUUACGCUCCAUUAGUGUAAACUAGUUUCAAAUAAAAUAUCUAAACAAAACUGUGGUUAAACGACAAAUUCUAUUCAAAUCGCCUCCAACCGACGGUUGACAACUUCAUUGUCUAACAAUAACAAAAAUAAAUUGAAAUUAAAGUAAUAAUACAUACACCCUUUAAAAAUGUGCCAAAAAUAUAUUGAAAAACGCGUGUGAAUGUGAAAAAAGUAAAGUUUUAAAAAUAUAAUCUCUUCUAUAUAGCAAAUUGGUAUAGAAUUGUUCUCAUAGAUUUGCCAAUGGUCACGUGUACCCAACAACGCUUAACUAUGCUGCCUUUGGUGCCGAUUAAUCCUUUCGUUGUAGCACAUAAAAUUACAAAUCCGUCGGCCAAUGCAGCAGCAGCCAAAACCAAUUCGAGUACCUCCACCACCAAUACCACUACGAGCUCAAACACUAAACCCAAAUUAGCGUUUAGUAUAGAUGCUCUAGUGGGUGGCGGCGGUGGAGGAGGUGUUGUUAAAGAUAGCUUUCGCUCGGUAGAAUAUUGCCCACCACAAAAUUUGGCAUUACAUCCUACGAUAGAGCCUCCUAAAAGAACAUCUACCAGUCCAGUAAGAUACUCAAGUAAUAGUGACUUAGCUGGUGUAGAACCUUUAGAAUUAAGAAAUUCUACUAGAGAUAUUAAGCCAAGCAUAUCACCCAUAACUUCUCAGCAACGACAAUCACCUGUGAUAACUUCCAGCCAAGAAUCGGGAACUCAAACACCCACUCGCGAGUUUAACAAUUCGCCUUUGCGUGAACACACCCAAUCGCCCACACCAAAUGAUCUUGCACCAGCUGCCAGUAGUCGUUCGACUACUCCGCUACAUUCUCCUCGUGAAACGGGUCAAGAUGAGCAGAGAAUAUUUAAAACACAACUGCCUCCCGGCUUAGUUAGACCCUUUCCUUUACCUGCUCCAGCCAAUAUGCCACUAAUAAGACCCCUACAUAGUCCCCAAGACUCCACAAUCAUUAAUCAUCCCCCUUCCAGCAGUUUACUACCACCUCCUCCCAAUAAUCCUGCUUUAGCUGGCCCUACAUCAAAUCCUCAUUUAUUAGCGGCCCAAUUUCAAAUGGCUGCUGUUUUGGCCCAUCAUCAACAACAACAGCAGCAGCAACAACAACACAAUACAGCUGGUUCAAAUAUACCACCGCCUCCACCUCAUGCAGGUGGACCAGCACCGCCACCCCAUCUACCACCUCAUCUCAUGCAUACCCAUCAUUUGGGUAUAUUUCCACCACAUGGACCGCAUCAUCCGCCGUUUGGUAAUCCUCAUCUAAUACGAGAUACUUACCCCUUGUAUCCCUGGCUACUGAGUCGUCAUGGUCGCAUAUUCUCACAUCGUUUUCCAGGUUUCCUUCUGCAACCAUUUCGCAAACCGAAACGUGUACGUACUGCAUUCUCACCCACGCAACUUUUGAAAUUGGAACAUGCAUUCGAAGAGAAUCACUAUGUGGUUGGAGCUGAACGCAAGCAGUUAGCACAAAAUCUUAGUCUAACCGAAACGCAGGUUAAAGUGUGGUUUCAAAAUCGUCGCACCAAACACAAGCGCAUGCAACAAGAGGGAGACAGUGAUUCGAAAAGUCAAAAGGGCAGUCAAUCUGGUGAUAAUGAGGGCAAAAACGAUAGCAGUCAGACUAGUUUUGAGGACCAAGAUGAUUUAGAUAUGGCUGAUGGUGAAGUAGAUGAUGAGGAGGAAGACGAAGUCAUCGAUAUGGAUGAUUAUGAUGAUCAUGAAAUGGAUGCUGAGGAAAGAAAGCGUAUGACAGAACAUUUUCAAGAAAUGCAAAAUCGUCAUUUUGCUCACAGUCAAAUGUUUCAGCAACAAAGUCAACAGCAUCAGCAGUUUUUACAGCAACAUUUCCUGCAACAACAACAGCAACACCAGCAGCAGCAACAGCAAUUGUAUGCUCAAAGUGAACAUUUACGACAGCAACAGCAGCAACAACUGCAACAAAAUCAAGAACGUCAACAGCAGCAGCAACCAUCACAACAACAAACGCCUGCUCAAAAGCACUAGCCACUUAAUAAAAUACUUAAAUGAAAUUAAAUUUUAAAAAUCUAGGCAAAUUUUUCGAAUUAAAACAAUAAGGGUAUUCACUUGGUAUGAAAUUUCUAUGAAUAUCCAUAAUUUUUCUUAGGAUCAUCUUCACAAUUUUUAUUUAUAUAUUUUAAUAAUUUUAGUAAUUUAAAUCGAUACUUGUACAAUUUAAUAAUAACAAAAAUGUUUAUAUAAAUUAAAUUUUUAAAUAUUUUCUUUUUGUAGA